AUUACAGACUUACAGAGUGUUCCACUUCAUUAAUACAUGGGAUAAGGUAGUGGGACUCCUCAUGUCUCUAGCUUCAGACGCCCACAAAUGAACUGCCAAUAAUUCCAGAGUUUUUUAUUCCUAAAAUUUCAUAUACUAACUGCGUUUCUUUUGCUUCUAUUUACUAUCUGAUUUCUUCUGGAAAAAAAACAUCCCAAAUUUUACUCCAAGGUACGCACUCACUUCUGUGAUUGGAAAAUGGUGCAGAGCAACUGUUUGAUUGGGAUGUACAGUAGAACUCAUAGUGCAUUCACUGAUUGUUCUUUUGCUUUACUCCAAAACUUUUAUUUUGAUUAUAGUGAUUUGGAGUUCAAUUGGUUUCCCAUAAUGUAUUAAUCUAAUCAUAUUCGCGUUUUGAAUCUCCUACGCAGCUUUGCUUUAGAAAAACAUCAAAUUCCUCUGGUGAACUCAAAAUCAGCUUUGAAAGCUCCAAUGAUUCCUUUUGAGUUCCUUGACUGUCAUUCAAAGAGAGGUGUAGGGGAAGCUGAAACAUUCUUUCCUGCCAUUAAUCCGAAGCUAAUUCAUUUCGAUGAUAUAUACUCAUUGACCAAAGGUGGUUUUGUGAGUAUAGAGGAGGACCAUUCAGCUGAUUCGUGUAGAGGAAGGAAGCAUUACCGUCCAGGUGAAUGUGGGUUAGAAGAGCAGGAAAGGAGCAGCAAGCAGAGUGCAGCUUAUAAGGAGGAGGAGGAUUUAUCAGAGAUGUUUGAUAAGGUUUUGAUGUGUACUGAUGAUAAUGCCAAUGGUCCAUCUGGAGCUUGCAAACAACGACAGAAAGAGCGAAAUGGUCGCAAGAUUCGUUCAAAUAAACGAGGAAAUGGUAAUGAAAUUGUUGAUCUCCAGUCUCUUUUGAUUAGUUGCGCAAAAUCUGUUGCUGCUGGUGAUUACGGGGCUGCAUUAGAGCAACUAAAGAGGGUCAGGCAGCACUCUUCACCUGUAGGUGAUGCAAACCAACGGGUGGCACAUGCAUUUGCUGAUGGUCUUGAGGCCCGGAUAGCUGGAACUGGGGCACAACUUUAUCCUUCAUCAUUGUAUCAAAAUAAGAUCCUAAUUUCCGAAAUGCAGAAAUCCCAUUUGUCAUCAUCCUUGCCAUUUAUGAGGAUAUUAAUAUUCUUUGCAAAUAAAAUGAUUUACAAAGUAGCGUCAAGAGGAGCAUCACUGCACGUUAUAGAUUUUGGUAUUCUGCAUGGCAUCCAAUGGCCCACUCUUAUUCGAGAUCUUUCACAAAGACCCGGUGGCCCUCCAAAACUCCGAAUAACUGGGAUUGAGCUUCCCCAACCUGGUUUUCGUC